UUUAGGCAGCAGCUUUAUAGCAACACCGUUCAUGAAUUCCUUUACCUCAAAGGUUGUCCACCCAAUUCACAAUCGAACUACUUGCUGUUUCAUACCUCCUUUAAUAGUCCGCGUUCGAUUCGGUCGCCAAAAGGGUUCGAUCGAAACGAGCCGGAUUGCUUCGGGAUGGAUAGUACAUCGUCAAAACCGGAGAUCAUGAUCAUGAAGCCUGUGUUUCUGAAGGCCGGAGUGCCUCUAGCUCUAUCCAUGGCGGGUUUCAUGUGCGCUAGGAUCAUGUGGAGAAGAAGCUGCAGCAUGCAAUCUAAAGCUUCUUCGUCGCAAGGCCAGGUGAAUUCGAGCGUCUCUGACGGUGAAGAUGGUGGAUAUGAUGAGCAUGAGACCUCUCGCAGCUUGAAUUCCUCGUGUACAGACUCGAUAGAAGACGAAGAGCGAUUGGUGGCGAAUCCACAAUCUUUGAUAGGAAGCUCCUUCCGAAUUUGGGAAGGAGAAGAGAUCUUAGCCCUGAGAAACACGGUCAGGGACCUUCAGGAGAGAGAGCUGGAGCUGGAGAUGCAGUUUCUCCAGUACUGCAAUUUGAAGGAGCGAGAAUCGGUCUUGAUGGAGAUGGGACAAGCGUUGCGAUUGGGGAUGUCUCAGCUCGAGCUUCUGGACAGGGAGGUUUUGCACAUGGAAGAAGAGAACAAGCGGAUUGCCGACAUGGCCGCCGAAUAUUUCAAGGUCAUGGAGGAGCUUCGCCAUUGGAAGUCUAAGAAUGAGAGGCUUCUUAGGAUAGUGAGGAAGCUCCAGAGGAAAGUGAAGCAGCAGUCGAGGGUCUUGCGAGAGAAUGAUCAGAGGAUCAAAGAGAGAGAAGGGGAAAUAUUGAAGAUCCAGAGAGCUCUCGAAUCAAAGACGAACGAUGUCAAGAGAAUGGAGGGUGAGAUUGAUAGGCUAAGGGCCAUGUUGGAUCGAUCAGAGCGGGAGAAAAAUGAGCUUAUGAUUGAAUUGAGUUCAGCAAGAACAUCAGCUCCGCCACUCUCCGAGACCGGAGCAGAAGCAACAUCGACGGAAGAUUGCAGUCGCCUGUUGAAGGAAAUAGAGCAGCUCCGAACAGAGCGAGCGGCGGAAGAGAAGGAACUGAUUCACCUGAGAUGGAGCAACGCUUGCCUGAGGCAUGAAUUGACGAAGAGCCCCCAUGUCCAUGAGCAGGAUAUGGCGAAGAGCCAUUCUUCUGAAUUGGCCCUCACGGUUUCGACUAAUAGUCAAGACUGCGACUACCUGGAUGAGCUGAAAAGGUCGAAUUCCGCAAAUGCCGGGUACUCCUCUCACGCAGGAACUGGCAAUCAAGGCCACUCGAAAAAGGUGAAGAUUCUGCACAAGCUCAAGAAAUGGGUGGAGGGGAACGACAAGACGAACGCGAAAGAAGCGGAGAAAGUGAAGCACGAGAUCGGGUGCUUUACGAGGCAUUCGACUGCAGAUGAUGCAGAGGAGGAGCGCACAGCCCAGGCAAGAAGAUCGGGUUCCAGCCCAUAAAUACGGCUGCGACCGAAG